AUGCUGUGGAACAAGCGAUUGGGAUCCUCAGGACUGACCCUGGCCCUGGCCCUGCUGGUGUGCCUGAGCGUGUUGGUCGAGGCGUACCCCUCCAAGCCGGAACACCCGGGUGACAACGCGUCUGCGGAGGACAUGGCCAAAUACUACCAGGCGCUGCGGCACUACAUCAACCUCAUCACCAGGCAGAGAUAUGGAAAACGAUCCAGCCCCGAGACACUGAUUUCAGACCUGCUGAUGAGAGGGAGCACAGAAGAUGGCCCCACAAUUAGGCUGGAAGAUCCUUCUAUGUAGUGAGGGGAAGUGAAACUUGCUCACCAGUCUUGUCCUCUUUUUCGACCCACACUUCAUACUGUGAAACCAGAUGCUGCCCAUCCAUCAAUGCAUGCAGCCACUUUGUUGAACCGGAACUGUUUGUUUCCCUUUGUCAACAUUGUAUAUGUGUCUGUUUAAAUAAAGUACCAUGCAUUCAAAAGUGA